AUGACGAUCACAGAACGUACCUUUGUCUCUGCGGACGAUACACAGAUCUAUGCUGAGUCCGCUGGAAACUCUGCCAAGCCCGCUAUCGUCUUCAUACACGGACUGGCCAGCAGCGGAGUGUGUUGGGACAACCAGUUCUCCGACCCGGCCUUGCUUCGCGACUUCCAUCUGGUCCGAUACGAUCUGCGCGGGCACGGCAGAAGCGGGAAGCCACUCGACCCCAAGUCCUACGAGUCGAUACGCUUCGCAGAGGAUUUCAAGGCAGUCUGCGAUGGGUUCGGUUGCAGCAAACCCUUCCUCGCUGGUUGGAGUCUCGGAGGCAGUGUAGUCGUAGACGUAGUCGCUGCAUACGGCCCGUCCUUCCUCUCCGGGGUCCUCUACAUCGGCGGAGGCAUUCUUUCGCUCACCAAGUACCACCCUCUAUGCGCCCCACCGCUCAUCGGCGAUCUCAUCCCUCUCUUCUUCUCUGCCAACUCCGACGACGUCUCGAGUGCUGCAGAAAAGUUCGUCGACUCGUGCGCCGCCCCUGGGAAGCCUCUCCCGUUUUCUGAGAGGCUGAAGUGGCUUGGGGCGUUUGUCUUGCAACCGCGCACGGUGCGGUGCAAUCACCUCUCCCGCACGCAGCCAUACGAAGUCUGGGAGCAGCAAGCGCGCGAUCUGCCGGUUCUGAUCGUGCAGGGUACGGCGGACCAGCAUUGCCUAUACGAGAACAUGAUCCGUCUGGCAAGGAGCGUAUACAGGGAGGUGGAGGUGAAGAUCAUAGAUGGGUGCGGGCACUCCCCGGCGGUGGAGUACGGGGCGGAGACAAAUAUUUACAUCUAUGAAUGGACCAGGGAUAUCGCCGCUAGACAGAAACCAUCAGAAUACCCUUGUGCCUUAUAG